ACUGUGUGCUCGCGGAUUGUUAUCAGCACCCAAGGAGGAUUAUCGUGAAAACUGUUCUCCCCCCUUGUUAUGCACUCGAUGGCGCGAAUGACCAUCAGUUGACUUUGAUUAUUGGAUCCAGUCGCAGCUCUUCGAUGGCGUUUGUAGCUACCGAACAUCAGCACACCCGGUACAAUCCGUUGAACGGGCAAUGGGUUUUGGUUAGCCCUCACCGCAUGAAGCGCCCAUGGUCCGGCCAGGAGGAGAGCCCGCAGAGCUUGGAUAUUCCGGAGUUUGAUCCGUCAAAUCCACUGUGCCCGGGGGUUGUUCGCUCAAAUGGUGCAAAAAAUCCCAUCUACACGUCAACCUUCGUGUUUACGAACGACUUUCCGGCCCUGCUGGAAGAUGUUCCGAUUCCACCGGAGAGCGACGAUCCGCUGUUCCAGACGGGGGGAGCAAGGGGUACGUGUCGUGUCAUGUGCUUUCAUCCAAAGUCAAACAAGACACUGCCGUUGAUGACCCCGAAGGAGAUUCGAACGGUGAUUGAUGCGUGGAUUGCAGAGUUUAAGGUGCUGGCGGUCAAGUACACCUGGGUACAGAUUUUCGAGAAUAAGGGAGCGAGCAUGGGAUGUUCGAAUCCGCAUCCGCAUUGUCAGAUUUGGGCGUGCUCGUUUUUACCGAAUGAACCACGCGUGAAGGAUGAGAAGCUGCGGGAUUAUUACAGGACUCAUGGAACUGCUCUGUUGGAUGAUUAUGCCAAAAAAGAAAUAGCCAAAAAGGAACGAGUCGUGAUCGAAAAUGCCGACUGGCUUGUUGUGGUGCCAUUCUGGGCCGUGUGGCCAUUCGAAACGAUGAUUAUUUCGCGCAACGGAGCACGUCGCAUGUCCGACCUGACUCAGCAGCAAAUCAACAAUCUGGCGAUCGUGAUCAAAGAGCUGACGAUCAAGUAUGACAAUCUGUUCAAGUGUUCCUUCCCGUACAGCAUGGGCUGGCACGGGGCACCGACUGGAGGCGCCACAAACGACGACGAUGCCCAUUGGACGCUACACGCCAUCUACUAUCCACCGCUGCUGCGUUCGGCCACGGUGCGAAAAUUUAUGGUCGGAUUUGAACUGCUUUGCCAGCAGCAGCGGGAUCUUACGGCCGAACAGGCCGCGGACAAAUUGCGUCAACUGUGCGGCAAGAAGCACUACAGCGAGCACAUUUAAUAAAAACUCUUAUCAGCAUGUGGAAGAAAGGGUUUAUUCAUCGCAAUAAUCGAUCAUGUUUUGCAGCUCAUGCAGUAAGGAGGCCACAUUAUAACGCAGUCUAUGGAACAUUGCAAUGUUCAUUUCGAAACUGAGGAAUUCUCCAUCGGUCUUUUGAAUGUGUAAUAUGAUAGUAGGAUAACGCGAAGUUGAUCUAGAAAUAAAACAAAAUCAAACAUUA